AUGAAACCAUUAUCUAACAUAUCAUUGAGCAGUAUUGGAUUUAGUCUCCAUCGCAGGCCUUAUUACCUCAAUGCCACUAUUUGCUUCUCAUUGGCUGCCAGAUCAUAUAAUGAAUUCCAUCUUCCCCGUACUAAUCCUCAAGCUGAUAGCUUGACUGCUAUAUUUGCUGCUCUUAAUGACAAGUUGUUCCAGCUUCCCGCUCUUGAAGAGUCUCCCCAACACAAGCAAUCACCUUCAAUCCUUGAGAAAGCGCAUAGGCAACUUUGUCUCCAACAAACUGAUCAAACAAGUAAUUUGGAAAAGGUGCAGUCUUGCAAGUUUGUACCCUUAGUAUACCAACUUGCUUCAAGGCAGGGUGGGCCAAGAGUAGAUGAAGUUCCUCUUAUUUGGGUUAACAGAACUGGCGUUAAAACCAAUAUCACUGAGAAUUUCACUCGACAAAGCAAGUUCACAUAUGGAAUUGUAAUGGAAGAGAUCACAGCACGUGAUGAAAGUAGUUAUAUUUCUUGA